AGGAAAGCACCGUAAGCACGUGCGACGGUGUAGAACCGCGUUUGAGGGGGUUUCGUUCUUUCAUUGGUCAGUGCAAAGAACGGAAAGGGUGCGUUUGGAGUACACUCUUCUUCUCCUUCUCCGAUCAGGAUAAAUGAGAUGGCCUCUUCGCAAAAUGUUGAGUUGGAGGCAGCUAAGUUUCUGCACAAACUCAUCCAAGAUUCUAAAGAUGAGCCAGCUAAGUUGGCUACUAAACUCUGCGUGAUACUACAACACAUGAAAUCAAGUGGGAAGGAACAUUCAAUGCCAUAUCAAGUGAUAUCAAGGGCAAUGGAGACUGUCAUCAAUCAGCAUAAUCUUGAUAUUGAAUCAUUGAAGUCUUCACGUCCUCCUUCUUCUGGUGCUGGCAGUUCUCAAAGAGGAACUUCACAGGCAGUGGGUGUUGCUACGGAUUCAAGAGCGGGGUUGCCUGAAAAUGUGAUGCCCAAAAUGGAUUCCUUUGCUUCUGGCCGGCCACCAUUUGCCCCAAGUAUUGGAGCACCUGAUCAUUAUCAAGGAUCUGCGGCUCAGAGGAGCGGUCAGUCUUUUGAUCAUGGAAGUCCGUCUAGUUUAGAUUCUAGGUCUGCUAACUCACAAUCACGGGAUAGACGAGAUACUACUAAUUUGGACAAACAGGUGAAUCAAAAGGAUGGUAGAAAAGCUACCUCAAAGAGAAAGAGGGGGGAUACAUUGUCACCUGCAGAACCACACGUUGACAUUCCUUCUCAUCUUGAUCAGCGAAAUACUGCUAAUACGAGGAAGGGUAAAAUGACCAAGGCUGAAUCAUCAGAUGGUCUUCCAGUUAGAAGUGGAGAGCUGACUAACUUUAACAGGGUUCCAAGUAGUAGUCAAAUGCAAAGGGCCAACCAAGAAGGCCCAACAAAGAUUGGCAAUCCAGUGCCAUGUGCUCCGAAUUCUAAAUAUCCAGAAGAUACAGAGGUUUCCUCUGCUCAUAUUGCUUCUGGUAAACUUCAAGGUGCUCAUCCUAUGGUUCAUGGAGGGAUGGGGGUUGCCACUAGUGCAUACCCAAUGACUGAAUCAGUUCUCUCGAGUUCAAUGCGGCAUGGUGGGAUGCUUGGGCAUUAUAGUGGAAGUUCUACUACUUCAGCUGAUGAACCUAAAAUAGGCCUGACUGACAGGCAUAGUAGUAACUCAGAAAUGUCUAUGCUUAGACAAGGAGUUCCUCCCAGAGAUAUGGCAAGAUCCACGAUUAGUGGAUCAUCUGGUGUGCCUUUCAAAGAACAACAGUUGAAACAGCUCCGAGCUCAGUGCCUUGUUUUUCUAGCAUUUAGAAAUGGUUUAGCACCAAAGCAACUACAUCUUGAAAUUGCUCUUGGAACCGCAUUUUCUAGAGAAGGAAAGGAUCAUACUGACCACAAAGGAAAGUCACAAUCUUCUGUUGAAUUGGGUACCUCGUCAGGGGUCAUGAUGCCUUUUGGAGGUCUGAACAAUAUGAGACAACCUGAUAAUAAUAACUCUUCAGGGUCCCCUUCUGCUGGAAAAUCUCUGGAAGCUACGUCAUUCUCCAAGGGAACUGAGAGUGCAAUAAUGACUGGGGACAAAGGUAUUCUUUCUGAAGAAAGGAAACAUCUCCUAGCUGUAAAAAAAGUAGAGCUUGAAAAGCAAAUUCAAGAAAGAGCUGGUGCACAAGCUUCGUCAGCUACUUCUUUUCAGCAGCAAGAUUCCUCUAGUACAAAGGGUGAUGUUGACAGUGGUAAUCUUCAGGUUGGACUGUCCAACCGACCUUCCUCUGUCAUUGGGCUGAAUAAGCAGAUGAAUCCUGAGAUAAAUGGCUUUACCGGAUUUGCUAGUUCUGAUGAGGCUUCAGAAGGACCCUCGCAAGUCUCUUCUCUUCAGCAUGAGUUGCCAAUAGAAAGAAGAGACAAUGUUGUUAAUCAGUUUCAAAAUAUGGUUAACAGUGGUGGUUCUCGAAACCAUCAUUCUAUUAACCACUUGACAUAUGCUUUGAAAGAGCACUGGAAACCUGUUCCAGGGACUGGCAUUGAUCCCCAGGGAGCAAGCUUGAUGAAGGAUGCAGAUUUAUUAGCGAAAAAUGUUUCUUCAGAUGGGUUCAAAACAGUUCCUGUUAAUGAUGCAUCAAGACAUGAUGCCACCUUUUCUACAGACAUAGAAGGGAAUGGGAGGUUACCUCCUCCAAAAUAUACAAUGUCAGGAAGGUGGAUUAUGGAUCAGCAGAAAAAGAGGCUUCUAGUUCAGCAAAACUGGGUACAAAAACAGCAAAAAACAAAGCAAAUAAUGACCACAUGUUUCCUCAAGCUAAAGGAAAAUGUGAGCUCAUCUGAGGAUAUAUCUGCUAAAACAAAAAGCGUCAUAGAGUUGAAGAAACUUCAAUUAUUAGACCUCCAACGCCGUCUCCGCAGUGAUUUUCUGAAUGAUUUUUUCAAACCAAUUACAACUGAGAUGCUCCAUUGCAGGUUCACUACUAUUUUAACUGCUAUUAACAAUCUUGAGGAACUAUGGGCGCUACUUAACUUCUUGUUACCUAACAUAUUUAAUUCAUCUGAGGAUUUUUCUCAGUGGUUUAAUAAGCCAUUUGAGAGUGCUGGAGAUAACUCGCCAGAUGAAGCCUUACUAUCCGAGGAGGAGAACCUCUUGAUCAUCAAUCGUCUGCACCAAGUUCUGAGACCAUUCGUACUUCGGAGGCUUAAACACAAGGUUGAAAAUGAACUUCCUGAAAAGAUUGAAAGACUCGUAAGAUGUGAGGCAUCUGCAUAUCAAAAACUUUUGAUGAAGAGAGUGGAAGAAAAUCUUGGCUCUAUUGGCACAACAAAGGGACGGUCGGUACACAACUCUGUCAUGGAGCUUCGUAAUAUCUGCAAUCAUCCAUAUCUCAGCCAGCUUCAUGCAGAGGAGGUGGAUAACUUUAUACCUAGGCAUUAUCUGCCCCCAAUUAUUAGACUUUGUGGGAAGCUUGAGAUGUUGGACCGUAUUUUACCUAAAUUGAAGGCAGCAGAUCAUCGGGUUCUUUUCUUCUCAACAAUGACUAGGCUUCUUGAUGUUAUGGAGGAAUACUUAACUCUUAAACAGCAUCGGUACCUUCGGUUGGAUGGACAUACCUCAGGAGGUGAUCGUGGGGCCCUAAUAGACAUGUUUAACCAACCUGGUUCUCCAUAUUUUAUAUUUUUGCUCAGCAUUCGAGCUGGUGGCGUUGGAGUGAAUCUUCAAGCUGCUGACACAGUGAUUAUAUUUGACACCGACUGGAAUCCACAGGUUGACCUGCAAGCACAAGCAAGGGCUCAUAGAAUUGGUCAGAAGAAGGAUGUUUUAGUUCUUCGAUUUGAAACAGUUCAAACUGUUGAAGAACAAGUCAGAGCUUCUGCUGAGCACAAACUGGGAGUUGCUAAUCAGAGCAUUACUGCUGGGUUUUUUGACAAUAAUACAAGUGCUGAGGACCGAAGAGAAUACUUGGAAUCCCUCCUGCGUGAGUGUAAGAAAGAGGAAGCGUCACCUGUAUUGGAUGAUGAUGCUUUAAAUGAUCUCUUAGCACGCAGUGAAGCAGAGAUAGAUGUAUUUGAGGCUGUUGACCAAAAAAGGCGCGAAGAUGAGAUGGCUACAUGGAAGAAGUUGGUAUCUGGGCCAGCAACUGAUGGUUCUGAGCCUAUUCCUUCACUUCCUUCGCGUCUAGUUACAGAUGAAGACUUGAAACAAUUAUAUGAAGCGAUGAAGAUAUCCGAUGUGUCCAAGGAUGAAGUAGCAUCUAACGGAAUCAAGAGGAAGAGUGGAACUCCUGGGAGCCUUGAUACUCAACAUUACGGAAGGGGAAAACGUGCAAGAGAGGUCCGUUCCUAUGAAGAACAAUGGACAGAGGAGGAGUUUGAUAAGAUGUGUCAAGCUGAAUCUCCUGGAUCACCGAAAGUAAUGGAAGAAGUGACAGAGUCAAAUUGCAAACCAAAUGCUUCUAGCUCCGCUGCAACCGCUUCUGUUACGGAGACUGCAGUGGUGCCUCCGGUGGCCCCUGCAACAUCAUCUCUUGGGAGUUUACCUGUGCAUAAAGUCAAAGAUAUAACACCACCUGCUAAACGUGGACGUGGCAGGCCAAGAAGGAAAACCUCAGAUAAGUCACCUGUUACUGAAGUCCCUCUGGUUACUUCUGGAACUGUUGAAGUGGACAUGCAGGUAAAGAAAGGAACUUUGCUUGGUCAAGUAGUAUCGUCAGCUCCCGAAUCUAUUGCUCAUUCUUCUGAAGUUAGUGGUGUGAGUGGACCUGCACAUCAGUCUGAUACUGGUGUUUCUCCUAAUCUGACUACUCCACCCAACUCUCAAGCAGAGGGUACUACUGUUUCUGUGCCAAUACAAACAAGAGGACAAGGCCGGAAAUCUCAAGGUGGAGGGGAAGCAACUAGACGUAGAGGGAAGAAGCAGGUUCUGGUGUCGCCUCCUGUACCUGGGGUUUCUAUUGGUCCUGAUUUAAAGAUGAAUGAGCAGUUGGAACACAAACCCCUGAAUCCAUCUGCUGGUGAAGCUAUGUCCCAAGGUGAUACUGUUUCCUCCAGUGCUACGGUACAACAUUCAUGUACAGAACCGGGUUCUGUGACUUUAAGCAGCGGAGGUAAUAAUAAAUCUGGUGUUGGGAUUGCUCUGAGUUCUCAGCAGCCCCUUCCUUUGUCCUCUGUUACCCCUGUGCCGCAAACUGUUCCUACUUAUCCUUCUGUACCUAUACAAAAUAAUGGGCAACAUCAGAAGCCUCAAAAUGGAUCAGGAGCUCCCCGAAGUAGGGGAAAGAAAAAAGCAAUGUUAUUGCCUAAUCCAAACGUUUCAGGUAGUCAGAAUUUGCACCUUACUUCCAAUCAACAAAGCUCAUCUGGCAAUGUAUUACAUGAUAAAGCCACUGAGUUGAAAACCUUGCAAGAUAGCCUUGUUCAGGAAUCACACAGUGUUGUCCAAGAUCAUGCAUUACAUAGCAUUGGUGAUAAGGAUUUAAAAUCAACUGAAGUAUCUGGUGAUAUAGCCAAUAAGGCAUUGGUUGAAUCAACAACUGAAGAUAAUACCAAAAGAUCUCCUGGGUUGGAAAUAGAGAAGGUUCUGAAUUCUGAUAUGCAUGAUUCUGCUUCCAACAAUUUAUCCAAGACUGCUGUUCUGGAGAACUCAAGGAACAAAAGUUUCUGUGGCUCAACACAGCCUGUUACAGAGGUUACAAGGGACCAACAAUUGGAGGCCAAAACUCAUCAUUCUGAUGAAGCUUCAAAAGCUGAUACUUCUCCAGUUCAUUCUACAAAAGAAUCAAAAGAAUGUUCUAAUCAGGCUAUAGAACCUAUGGCUGCACAAGCAGUUCCCAAUGCAUCAGACAAUGUUUAUCCUUCCAUAUCAGCCUCUGAAUCCAUUCAGCCUUGCCCACCUGAAUCCAUGUCAGUUAAAAGGCAAGGCCGUAAAACUCAAAAUAGAGUGGAGCCACCCCGGCGUAGGGGGAGAAAAUCAUCUUCGGCAUCUCCUGUUGUUUCUGAUUCCCUUGCUAACCAGGAUCCUAAUUUAAAUAAUGAUUUUCAGAAGUCAUCAGUAGGUAAAGUCGCUACAGAUGUUGCUCAAGCUCAAGCAUUUCAGAUCCUUUUGCCCACUGGAGGUGCUGCUCAUGAUUUAAACACAAAAGAGGGAGCUGCCAAUUCUUCUCUAAACAAGCAGCACAAAGUUGCGCCAGCAAGGGUUGAUAGUGCACCAGUAUCCUCAGAUAAGAUUUCUAAUUUUGGCCGAAUGCAAAAUGUCAAUGAUGUUGCUAGGGUUAUGAAAGAAGUUUUCUCUGGAACUUGCUUACCAAAGCUUAAAGCAGCAGAUUCUGCUGCUGGCGAACUCGCAAAAACUAAUACUACAGUUGAUUCCAUGAAUACCCAGUUGAAUGCUGAUAAAGCAGGUUAUGAUAUAACAAAUACGGAAGCAGCAUGUCUAACUCCAGGCAUUGCUGUGAACAUACAGGAAAAACAAUCAGAGGGGGAAUUCAAUAAUAAAAAAUUGGAGGACAAAGCAAGUUCAGAUAUACCAACUACUGUAGCAGUGGAUGUCUCCAAUAACAUGUGUUUGCAGGAUAAAGCAGGUUCUAAUAUAUCAACUACUGGAGCAGGGGAUGUGUCAAAUAUACAGUGUAAGGAGGAUAAAGCAGAUUUGGAGCAUGACAAGCAAUCUGAAGAGACAUCUAAUAUGCAGAGUGAAGUGAAGGCUCAUAUUCAACAUUGUACUGAAACUUAUUCUAAUCAGAGUGAAGUGAAGGCUCAUGAUGCAACUCCGCUUAGUUCUGCUGUAAGGACCGAGAGUCUGUCUGAAUCAUGUACAAAAUCUUCACCUCUUGCUUCUUCUGGUGAAAAUAUGUCUGAUCAACCACAAGUGAUCCCAUCCUGUCCUGUGGUAAAUGAUUCUCAAAAUGCAUUAGAACUUGUUAUAGAACAAAAUGCUUUAUCACCUUUGGAAACGGAGGCCCCCAAUGUUGCAUUAAGUGGGAAGUAUUCAGAUGCUUUAAAACAUGCUGAGUUGCAUGAGAAUCCAUUAGUUAAGAGCUGUUCACAAUCCCUCUCUGAGGGGGAAAUGAACAUGGGGGAUUCCAUAUGUGAACAACCUGUCUCUGCUGUUGAUAAAUCUUCUAAUAUUGACCCAGUUCCCGAGGAAAAUGUGAUAUCCCCAGCAGCUAUUGGCGAUACCAAUGUUGGUUCUUCUGAGGUUUGCCCAAUGGACAUUGACACAUCUGUGAGUAACCAAGUUACAAUUGUGCAGGACAAUGAGGUUGUGGCAAAGAGUUCCCCACAGAACGUAGAUACGUUCUCAGCAGAUGAGGUGGCAAAAAUCAUAGAUCAAUCUCCUGAUGAACCUGUUGAUAGGUCAGUCUUACAACAAACAUCAGGGUCAAAAGCUGUGGCCAAUUCUUCAGUGGAUGCUUCUCAGUCUGUCCUUGUGGAAGAGGGAACCAUAUCUGAAACUGCAAUUUUACCCUCGUCAUCUUUUAGCAUAGAGGAUAAUAAGUUCUCAUCCAAAACCUGUGCAAUUAGUAACUCUGAAACUCUGGAAGAGUCAAUGGAGGAGGGCGCGACUGACCACUCUGAAUUCCUGCCCCCGGAGAAAUGUGCAGAGGAGAGCUGUAGGAAUGCCACUGAGGUUCCCUGUACAGUUCCAUUGCUGCUUCAGGAAUCAAUUGAUUCUGAAGGUUACCACGGUGAUCAUUGCAAGUCACAGGAUGGCGGGAUACCUGAAAAUCACAAAACUGGAAUCCUUGCUGCUCCUAAAACAUUUGAAGGGGGAAAUGAGGUUGAGACCUUUUCUGAUAAAGGUCCACAAGGAUCCUCUGAAGCACAAGUUGAAUCAAAAGGAUUAGUUGAUAUGGAGAAUCAGGCAGAAGCCAUUCAGAACCGUGCUGCUGAGAUGGAUGUCCCAUGUACAUCCGUAUCAGGGGACAAGGCCGAGGGUGAAUCUAAAGAAUUAGCUGAUAUGGAGAAUCAGGCAAAUGCCAUUCGAAACCGUGCUGCUGAGAUGGAUGUCCCGUGUACGUCUACAUUAGGGGACAAGGCCGAGGGUGAAUCUAAAGAAUUAGCUGAUAUGGAGAAUCAGGCAGAAGCCAUUCAAAACUGUGCUGCUGAGAUGGAUGUCCCGUGUGUGUCUGCACCAGGGGACAAGGCCGAGGGUGAAUCUAAAGGAUUAGCUGAUAUGGAGAAUCAGGCAGAAACCAUUGAGAGCUGUGCUGCUGAGAUGGAAGUGUCAUGUUCCUGUGCAUCAGGGGACAAGGCAGAGGGGGAGAAUGUUUUAGUUGGCACCAAGCAACAAAUUCAGGUGUCAGAAGACACUGAAGCUGUUGCAGCUGAUGAAACAGAUGUUUCUAAUGGCGUUCCAGCUGUGCCCAAAACAGCAUCGGCCAAUGGGGCUCCACUUCCAUGUUCUUCACUGACAGUGGGUGAACCUAUGGUGGAGCAUGAUACUAAAGGAGCUGAAACCGGUGUCGCCAACCAGGAUAAUCAAGCCAUUAGGCAAAAUGCUCUGAAAGAUGCAGAAGAGUGCUCUUCUUCUGCGGCCGCUGACAUAAUUGAAGAGAGCUUACCUCAGAAGGAUGUCAUUGAAUCUGAAGGGGUUCCACCUCCAUGCAAGUCAGUUGCUGAGGGCGAACAUGUAGAGAGUUUGUCAGUUGAGGCUUUGGUUGAUUCUUCUGUGAAGCUUGGUACUAAAGAAUCUGAAGCUUCCCAGGAUAAUCUAGUUUUGCAAGAAAAUGCAUUGAACGAAAUGGAAGAAACCCUUCCUUCAGCAACUGAGGAUAGAGUUGCAGUGUGCUCACCUGAGAAGGAUAAUUUAACUGCUUGCUCAGAAGCACCCCAGGAAUCCGAAAAGUGUGAAAAUGUGCAAGGAUCGGUCUGAGGAAGAACCUGGCCAGUUUCUGUGGCUGAAGAAGCCAAAAAAGAUUGAAACUAAUUGUUGGCCAUGGGGCAAGUCUAUAAAAAAAAUUACCCAUCCUUAAAAACAACGUCGAUAUGCAACUUAACGUGUCAGAUCAGUUUUUGUUAAUGCUGUGAUCGCCGUGAAUACCAAAAAAAAAAAUCACCCAUCCUUAAAAACGACGUCGAUAUGUAACUUAACAUGUCAGAUCAGCUUUUGUUAAUGCUGUGAUCGCUGUGAAUACCAAAAAAAAAAAAAUUGCUGUGGUUGCCGUCAUUAGAAAUAACAAAAUGAC